CUUUGGAUAGAUUUAAAUCCCAAUAAUCCUAUCCCAUUUUGGCUUUGUUGAUGCGCAUUGCGCAUGCGCACUAAAAGAAAGAAAAUGGCUAUGUUUUACUUGGGUUAUAAUAAUUUUAUGGCUUCUUAUUUGACAAAGUUCCAUUGAUAACUGAUUAUAUAUGGGUAUUUCGCCAUACAGUGAUCAUCACAUUCUUGAUGAGGAGCAGUGAAGAAUGGCGACUCCUGACAGAGAAAUAAAUAUAAACGUUCAACUUUUCAAAGAGUUGAGUGACAAAUAUCCGAAAAUACCAAAGGAGAUUGUUUCUACCCAUUUAAGAAUGACUGGUAAUGACAGAAAUCAGUGUUUACAGAUUCUACACGAUUUAAGUCAACAAUAUUUAUAUUCAGGAGGCCAUCAAGCAAAUGUUUCUGGAGGAUUUGGUAAAGUAAACAUUAAUAAGAGCUCAGAAUCCAAGCCUUCAGUUUGUAUAAGUAAUCAGAAUACAGAUAGUUUUGGAUCUUGGAUUGCAAAUACCGGGACAUUGAAUACUGGUCAACAUACUCAAACGGCUGCAUUCACUGCCCCAGUUGUUCCUGGAGACUUUGAUCCCUUUGUGGAUGCUAGCAAUAAGCCUAGUUCAAUUCCAAAUAUAAACUGUACAGUGCAUAGGUCAGAAAGUUCACCGAGUGUGUCGCAAACUGUUAAAAAGUUUGAAGUGGGUUCUGGAUCUAGUAAUACUACAAGUCCAGUGACUGGUAAAAGGCCAGUGCCAGUUAUUCACUGUGCCCCUUCUAAACCUAGUGAUAUUGGUCCAGGUGCUCUAAUAACCAGUAGUACUUCUUAUCAGAUUCAUACAAAAGUAAAUAGCGGUGGUACAUGUACUGUUGUGGACCCUUUACACUCUAAAAAGUAUCAUAUUCAACAAGAAACCGGUCAAACGUCUAUGAACAGUUCUCCCAAUAAAAUACAUUCUUCACAGGCUAAAAUAAUGAUCAACCAACCCAAUAAUGGACAUCAUAAUCCAGAGACAUCUUAUGUGCGGAAAAAUCAGUAUCCACCUUCAGUUUAUAGCAAACCCUUAUUUGUGCAAAUAAAGAGUUCUGGACCAGAAGGCUCAGAGACUCACCUUAAGUAUAAUUAUUCUCCUAAUGUUCCUGAGAAUCAACUUCCGUCUUAUGUUAGCCCAAAUGUAGUAAGUGCCCAAAAUCGAUAUCCACCAAACCAAUAUCCCCCAACUCCGAGCUUACAUGUUGCACCUGUAAAUCAAACUAGUAUAAGUCCAAACUCAAGCCCUUAUAUUUCUUACCCUACCAGUGCUGGUAUAAAUCCACACUUAAGUAGCCGGACUAAUAGUGUAGAAUCCGAACAUAAUGUAUUUGUGGCACACGGAGAAAUGGUUCACCCAAUGGGUUAUGCAAUGUCACCAGCUUCUAGUCAUAGCAGCCUUAGUUCAGAAUCCUCAGCGCAUAUACCAAAUCCAAGACCUAGUUCUGGCAGUUCGCAAGAAGAUAAGGAAUAUGUUAGAGCUUUACUAUAUCAUCAAAGGCAACGAUUAGAAAAUUUAAAGCGUGAUUAUAAUGAAACUAAAAAAGAAACUGAGAAACUAAGACAUGGUGUAGCUCAAAUGGAAAAGAAUAUGUUAGAAAACAGUAAUAGAAGAAAUAGUUUUCCUACGAUUGAGGAUGUAACUAAACUACGAGAGGAAAAUAGACGUUUACAAACAGAUAUACAAUGUAUGGGUAAUGAAGUGGACACGAAAAAGAAUGGGCAAGGUCCAUUUAGUAUAAUUGAUCCAAUAGAUCAGCAGAACUUCUUUAAAAAUAUGCCAACAGGUCCAUCAGGCCCCAUAGGUAGUCGACCGCCUCGUCCACCAGUUCCUCCUCCUCCUCACAUUUCUACACCUCCUGGUAAUAUAGAUAUCAAUCAAGUACCACCGGUGCCACCUCGUCAACCCUCUGCUGGUUCAGGGGAUUCAGAAGAAGGAGAACAAUGGAACUGUUCAGCUUGUACUUUCCUAAAUCAUCCAGCACUGAAUAAGUGUGAAUGCUGUGAAAUGCCUAGGAUAGGUUCUUGAUGUUGUGGCUGUUUGCACUUGAUCUGCCUAGGGUGGCCUGGUUACCUAACAUCCUUAUCAAGGUGUGCAUGGUACUACCCUUCCAAAACUGGCAUGCUUGUUAUCUUUAUUUCAUUUAAAUAUACAUCAGUGUAGGGACGAGGAUAGAAUUUAAGAAAAAUAGUUGAUACAAAAUGAUGGAAUUAAGAAUCAAUUUUUAUAAAAUUGUUAAUUUUUUUCAUGUAUAUUUUUUAUCAGUGAUUGUCAUCUUUUGUUAUUCAUAUUUUUGAAGAUUUUCAUAUUUUUGAUCAAUUAAUUGCUUUGAUUUCGUACACUUGUGUAGUAAUUGUGUGAUAAUGUCAUUGAUCUCAUAUAACAUGUUGUCACACUCCAUCAAAUAAUACCAUUUCCCCUAGUUUACUACUCUGUGAAUUCUUUCCAAUAAAAGUUAGCCUAUAUUCUAAAUUUUAUUGAUGAAAUUUUGUUAACAAGUAUAUUAUGUAGAUCACCAUGGUGUUAGUUUAAAUAGUAGAAACCUCAGCUUUGGUAAUGGAUCAUUGUGGAAAGGCUUAUUAGAUUCAAUUACUGUAAGACAUGAAUUCAUUGUUUGCAUGAAAUUAUCGCAAAAAAUUUGCCCAUGAACUGAGAUUGCAUUAAUUUCAUGACACAUAACCUAUUGCAAUUUAAUAUUUGGCAUAAUUUUCAUGACACAGGUUAGUCCACCAUAGACCUUUAAUUUUAUAGCACAAUAACUUCAUGUAUUACAGUAUUAUUUUUCAUGAUCAAGUAUUAUUACAAUCAUAUACAUGUAUUGGGAUUCUUUCUGAGUUAUAAAAUUAUAUUAAGAUACAUUAGAUGAAUGAUGCUUAAAAGCAUGAAUAAUAAUUACGUAAAUAUAUAUAGCAUGGAUAUUUGUGCAUAUUGGUACAUCCAGGUCAUAUCUAAAUGUUGAUGCAUUAUUUCCAUGCUCCUAUUAAACUACCUGUAUCAUGAAUGUUACAAUAUUCAUUCCAUCCUAAAUGCAGUAAUAUGUAAAAAGAAAGUGCCUUGAUAAAAGUUCAUACAACAGCAUUUUCGAAAGCCAAUCAUCAGACAUUAAUGAUGUGACAAAAUUAUUUGGUUAAUGAUUUCAGAUGGGAUAUCCACAUGUAGUAUAAAAUGGUUGUAAUACCCUGUAGCUGAAUGUACAAAUCUAUGAAUUAUGUUUAUUAUUAGAAUUUUAAGAUAUUGCCUUGGGUAAAAUGACUGUCAAAACUUUAAGUACCUUGUCAAAACAAGAUAUAAUUGUGCAUGCAUGUGGUUCAUUUUUUUCUUUACCAGGAAUAUAGAAAUAAAGGAAUAAUCAGACCUUUUGCUAAACAUCAGUGAAAAUUUACCAGAAAAGGAUUGUUUGAAUUUUAACUCUUAAGUACUUGAUGUAUAUUUAAUCUGAAUUAUUAGAAUGAUAUAGCAGAUAUAUUUCAUAUAGAAAUUUCGUUGUAAACAGUUAAAGAUAAAUUAAUAGUUAUCUGUUCAAAAUGGGUUUUACUUUUUUUGCUCAAUGCAAAAUAUACACAUACACUGUUUUCUAGAAUAUAUUGUAUAGUUUAUUUGUAAUAUAUUAAUUGAUUAUUAAUUAUGUAUAAUAAUAAGCAUCAUAGGCUGUGUUUUGUUUUAAUUGUGUUAGUGCCAAAGUAGGGUUCUGUUCAGAAAGAUAAGUAAUGAGGUAGAUAAUUACAUAAUUUCUUAAUAGAAAAAUGUUGUUUAAUCAGAUGGACAUAUCAAAUACACACUCUUUUAUUAUUAACUUUCAUUCAUUCAGAUAUUUAAAAAAAAAAUGGAUCUUUUCUACCAUAAAUUUCGUAAACACUUGAAAAAAGUGUUGCUUUGACUUUCUAAUGUUCUUGCAGUUGUACACAGUUUCUGAUGCUCUCAUGUAGGGAUAUAUUAUUCAUACAUCCACUUCCUAAUUCUUUUUUUUAUAUCUGAUUUUUUCUAACUGAACAUUCGAAACCAAGAUAAUGCUACAUUUAUAGAGGCAUUAUAUAAUAAGAGCUAAAUCUGCCUAUUGAAGAUCGUUUUCAAAUUUUAUUUAAAGAUACAUUAUGGGACAUUAGAUAAAGAGCUGGCAGUUCUCACAAUAAUAGUUAAAAACUAGAUAAUGUGAAGGGAAUUUGCUGAAAAUUUUAGUCAAAAUUGAUCCACUCUGGACCAAGAUUUUACCGAUUGAAUUUUCAGUCUAGCCUUGAUCAUCAUUACUAAAGACGGUAUAAUACAAACCAUAGUCUCGAUUAUCCAUUUCAUGAUUAAAUCAUGAAUGUAAGUUUAGCAGCAAAUCGGUUCCUAAUUCAAUAAAUAUUGCAAGCUGGCGUUGACAUCGAAGAGUUAAUUAUGGUCUGGAUAAGUUAAUUAAUGUCUAAUUAAUAAUUUAGAUAACAUUUCAGGCCUAAAAAAAGAUCUGCAAUAGGCAGAUUUAGCUCUUGCAUAAUUUAUGUUUAAGUUAUUAUUUAGACGUUUAUUCACAUGACAAGCCCAUAACCAACACUCUAGACUAUCGGAUGGCUGAGAUAUUGAAAUUUUAAAUGGAUACCGAUAAUCAAGACUUUGUUUAUUAUCAAAGCAAUGGUGUUUGACAAUCAAGACUAUUUAACUUAUAUCGUGUCAAAACUUCAAACUCUCAUAACUUUUGCUCAGAAAAAAGUAAUUUGACUGAAUUUUCAAUAUAUUCAUUUCUUAUGAUCUAUUUUUGAACUAUAGCAAGAAUGACCAGCUCUUUAUCUAAAUCUUGCAUAAUGCUUCCUUAAAUGGCACUUAUAAUUUUUAGUAAAAAUCUGUCCAUUGUUUCAGUUCAGACUAGUCUAAAACAAAAGAUUUACCACACUUAGCUUGUCAGUUGAGAUGCCCUGAUGAUCAGUCUGAAAUUGGAUUUGUGUACUUUAUUUUCUGUAAAAACUAUUUAUUACUACACCCAUCUCAUGAAACAGGAGUUGAUAUUUUUGUUGCACUUAAAAGUAACACUCAUUAGUUGAAUUUUGUUGGUUAAUUUUCAUUAGAUACUGUAGUUAGAAUUAGUCUUUAAUAAUUAUUAAAGUGUAGAGAAACCAAUAGAUAACAUUAUUGUACAGACCGACCACAAAGUCUUGUCUUUCCAGGAUUGUGCUUCUACUUAAAAUUAUAUUAUGACCAUGUAAUUGUUACCUCUACUUUUGCAGUGAAAUUUAGAUUGCUAAUCUGAGCAAAUUUCUGAUUACCCUUAUUAUGGUUUUAUGUUGCUUUGUGCAGUAUGGUGAUCCUGGGUUCAGACAAAGUGGAAUAUUCAAUUUAAAUAUGAUAUGUAUAAAACUCGAGUUAUAUUGCUUAAACCUAUAAUAUAUCAUCCUGUACUGACAAGACUUUUGGGAAAGCCUGUACAUUUUAAAUUUAUAUUUAUUUAAAUUAUAAACUAGUGUUAUUUAUUUUCUGUAUGUGUGAGAAUUUGAUAAUAUACUGGUAGUUUUAACCAGGUUGUUGAAGAGUUAGCGGAAACAUUAAAAUUUAUUUAAAUCCUUGUUUAAAGUUAACGUACACCUUAUAUAAAUAUACAUGUCUCAAUAUUUAAAAAGUUACCUUUUGAAAUAUAACAAUUAUUUAAUGAACUAAAUAAAGGUCAUUCAAAAAGAUGAUUGUUUAAGAACUGUUGAUUAGAUACAAAAGCUGUUAAACUUCUGCUUUAAUAAAUUAAAGCUUGGUCACCAUACAAAAAACUACCAUUUAAGUUAUGAAGACAAAGAUUUUUAAAAAAUAUCUGUUUUAUUCUUUAUGCUCAGUAUUAGUAAGUCUUGAAAGUAGUAUGAGCUUUCUUUUCAUUGAUGGUAAAUUGAAACAGGUUAAAUUAUGGUUUUUUUUAUGGUGCCGUUUCUGGGCAUAUACAGAAUUUGCAUUUGGGGUGACUUAUUAUGUAGAUAUAAUUUUGUUUAAACAAUUUCAUAGAAUAGGCUACUUUUAUAGUUAUAGAACUGUUAGCAGAAAUUAUUGUUUAUUUGUAAAGUGUAAAGAAGAUAUAUGUGCAAUAUAAGAUUUAAGAACUUAUUGAUUGAUCACAUAUGGUAUGCAAACAGAAGGUUUUAUAUCGCAUUCAUUAUAAAAAAUAAAAGAAAAAUAUUUCCAUUUCAUCAUUAGAACUUUCAUUAGGGUAAUAUUUUUAUUCUCGAAAUUUUUUAAAUUAAAACAUUUAACAUGUCUAAUUAUAAUAUUAUCAGUAUUACUAACCUUUGUCUCUAACAAUUUUUAGAAAUUGGCUAACUGAAAAUUCAAUCUCUACCAUGACUAUAGAACAUUUUGAAUACUAUACAUUCAAUUUUUCCAAUGAAUGUAAAGGACAAGUAAUUGAAAUUGAAGUUCAUUGAAGUUAUCUUAAAGAAAAAAUGUUUCUUCUAAGUCAUAAAAAAAUGAGUUUGACUUUCAAUUUGGCUUGUGUGUUAAUUAUGUUUUAGUUUUGAACUGCAAUAUUUUAUUAGGGGAUUAUAAAAAUAAGAAAACCAAAAUAAUUAAUUACUUAUACCUAUAUCACUUAUUAUUUAGUAGUCAAUGUUGAUUUGACAAUGGGUAUCUUUCCUUACAUUUCUCUUAAUCUCACCUCUGUUUCUUAUACUGCUGGAUCAUGUAUAUUUGGGUGUAGUAAAAUUAGAGGUAUAUUGUUCAAUAUAGCUCUGAAUAAAAUUUGUUAAAAUUAUUUAUAUAACCAUUUUGUAGAUCUUUUUCUCUGUAAUAUCUGCCUUUUUACUAAUCAUUCAAUAACUUGUUUUUAAUCGAGUGUGAUUUGUUACUGCUAAUUUGUUAUAAAGAGUGUAUAAACUCAUCCUAUACUGUUAUUAAUAUAGAAUUAUAUAUAACUUGUAUAUAUAUAUUUAUAUAUAUGAUUGACAUUAUACAUAUAAUAAUGUAUGUGAUUUUGAAAUGUGUGGUUCUUGGACAGAAAUAUUGUUUCAUGACUGUAGCAGAAUUGUGCCAUAUAAAUUUGAACGUGGCAGAACAAAAGUUUUGAGACAACUUAAUGUACAUUUAAUUAUUUACAUUAAAUAUACUUGACAAUCUGUGUAUGAAAGUUGAUUUUUUUUUUUUUUUUUUGAUAAAAAAAUUAAUUAGCUUAUGCAAAGUAAGGUUUAUGAUUGAUUACAUUACAUACAUCUUUUUGAUGCUAAAAAUAGUAUAAUAGUACAAUAUUUGUGCAUUGAUAUGCAAGUGCCUAUUGCUGGUAUGGUUUUAUGUGAUGGCUCUUUAGCUAUAUAAAAAAGAUGUGCUAUAUUAUUUGUAUCAAACUGUGAAUAUUGUUUAUGAUAAUACUGUAAUAUAAAAUCCCACAUUGUGAAUAAUAAAGCUGUCUGCCCAAUCA